ACUGAAAAACAUGUGAUGUUAUCGCUGGUCCGGUCCGAUCACUCUGAUAGUGUCAAUUCAUUGAUGUUACUGUAAUAGUAGUGGGCGGUCGUUUACAAGGAAAAAAGUAAUGUGUGACUGACCAAAUUCGCGCAUUAUAAGUAGGUACCUACUCGUGAAUCAAAUUAGGUUGCUGUCUUGGAGAGCGCCGCCAUAUAACCGCCAUGUGUGUAAAUUUUCCUAAAAUAUAAAAUACAAGAACAAAUUAAUGACGUGAUCAAGUAUCCAAUACAAUAAAGAUGUCAAAAAGAAACUCUUUUGCGUUAAUACCGCAGACGGCCAAGAAAAUAGAGAAAAGAAUAAAAUUGGUGCCACCUGAUGGGGGAUGGGGAUGGAUGGUAUUAUUAGGAACGGCCCUUUCAAAUAUUUUUAAUCAGUCGAUGUUAUCAUUAUUUAGUUUGUUAUACGGAGAUGCAUUGGAAGCAAUGGGGCAUAACACACAAGGAGCAGCUAUUGUUUUAAGUACAAUGUUAUUUGUCACAAAUUUCGGAGGACCAAUAGCUGGGGCUAUAGUAAAGUUAACGAGUCCAAGAUUUGUAUCUGUAACAGGCGCAGUUUCGUGUACAGCUGGUUUAUUGUUAAGUGGAUUCUCCACAAAUAUUUGGCAUUUGAUAUUGACCUAUGGUGUUUUAUUAGGUUUUGGCCUAGGAUUUAUACAGAACGCUUCAUUUGUGGCUAUUAACAGCUAUUUCAAAGUCAGAAGAAGCCUAGCUGUUGGGCUUGCCAUGGUUGGCACCGGCGUGGGACAGACUCUCAUGCCUCAUGUCGUGCAAUACCUUCUGGAUGAAUUUGGAUUUAGAGGGGCUUGUCUACUGUUGGCGUCUUUAAGUUUACACGGGAUAUGCGGAACAUUGUUGAUUCAACCUGUGGAAUGGCACAUGAAAAAAAUUGAAGUAGAAAUUGAAGUAGAUGAAAAGAUGCACCUACUAGAAGAAAAUAACAAAGAUCCUAUUAAAAAUAAAGAUUAUAAUGCUAACGGUAAUGUAAUAUUCAAAAAAACUAGACGUGCUACAGAACCUUCACUUAUUUCGGAGAUUGUAGCUGAGAAGCCAAAUAAUAAUAAAGCCUUAUCACAAAGUUACAAAGAAUUGCAAGUGAACACAAACGGGAAAUCAGUUGAUCUAUUGAAUGGAAAAUACGAAACACCAAAACCAAAGAAAACAUUAUUGAGAAAAAUAUACGACCUAUUCGACAUAUCUCUUCUGUCGAGUCCUCGUUUCUUAAACGUGAUCAUUGGAACUGCACUCACAGUGGUGUCUAUUCAAAACUUCAGCAUGUUGUAUCCAUUUUUCCUUCAGAAAAAAGCUUCGAUGGACAAAAAACAGACUGCUCUCUGUAUGUCAGCUGUUGCUUUGGCUGAUAUUGUAGGCAGACUGACGCUGCCGUCCUUGCAGGAUAAGUACCAUAUUAAAGCCAGAUUUAUGCUGAUCAUGACUAGCAUAUGGUUGAUUGUCGUGAGACAAAUUUUGGCAUAUCAAACCGGCUUAUAUGUGCUUUUGACUAUGUCAGCUCUUUAUGGAUUUGGAAGAAGUAUGGUGAUAGUUGCCAGAAAUCUUGCUAUUGCAGACGAGUGUAGAAUGGAUCAAGUGCCUUCAGCCGUUGGUUUGGGCAUGUUGAGCAUGGGUAUUAUCGUACCCCCAGCAGGAUACUUCCUGGGGUGGAUCAGAGAUUAUACUGACAGUUACAUCGUCUGCAUUACAGCACAGAACUUACUUCUGGUAGUGUUCUUAGCAAUGUGGAUCCCAGACAUGAUAUUUUUAUAUUACAAAGAGAAAACGAAGAAAAAAAAAUACAUCGAACAAGCGAUAGCGUAAUCGUGAAGUAUAGUUGUUUAUUUGGAGGGAUCCAAGCGGAACUAGAAAUAAAUAACUAUUUAUUUAAAAUCCCAAUAAUGUACUGGGGUAUAUUCCCACACAGAUUUGCCUGUGAUAUGUACCAUAAUGAAAUUGUAUAAUAAGUUAAAGUCUAGGCUUAUUGGCUGUGAGAUUUUGAGUGUAAAUGUAAAUAUGGUUAGGUGAGCGUUUUGUUUGGUUCAGAUAAUCACACCAGUUAAGCAUUUAUAAAACGAAUGUAGAUUGGCGGAAGCUGUGUUGUAAAUUAAAGUUAUUAUUUAAGUAUUUAUUUCUUUAGUGCGAUUUAUAAUCUCUAGUCUAAUAAAGUAAUCAAU